AUGAGUGAGCAGUCAGUGACCUAUGCGGACGUCAGAUUUCAUACUCCUGCAGAGCAGAAGAGAAAACGAAGACCAAAGCAUACCAGAAUCAUAGAAACCAGUGAGCAGGAAAUAACCUACUCUGAUCUGAAGUUUCACACUCCUUCAAAGCAGCAGAGGCAACAAAGACCUACAAGUGCAGAGAGCAAAGAAUCUCCUUCUCCAUCUUCACCAUGGCUUAUUACAGUGAUUCUGGGGCUCCUCUGCCUGGCUUUGCUAGUAACUGCAGGGGUUUUGGGUGCCAAGUUUCUCCAGGCUUCCCAUCAAGUGAGAAGAUGCAAUGAGGAACUUAUCCAGAAACAGGCUAUUCUGAAAAACUGCACCCAAUUGCAGGAAACCCUGAAAAACUGCACGCAGCAAAGAGAUGAUCUCCAAGCCAAUAACACAGAACUCUCAAAUGCUGUGAAUAGGGAAGGUAUCGAUCAGAGCUCACUCUUCUGUUAUAUCCUUUAUGUCGAUAAAUGCAGCUCUUGCCCUGAGGGCUGGAUACAGCAUAGAGAGAAGUGUUACCAUUUUACAUAUGAAAGGAGUUCCUGGCAGGAGAGUAAAGUAUACUGCUCGUCUCAUCACUCCAGACUGCUGAGGAUAGAGAACAAGGAAGAACUGGAUUUCAUAACAAGACGGGCGUGUUUUCACUGGAUUGGACUAUUCCGUAAGGGAGCUGCUACAAGCUGGAUGUGGGAGGAUGGCACAGCUUAUUCCACUGACCUGUUCCAUGUAAAGAAGAAAGAGCCUGGAGCGUCCUGUGUACUUUUGAAUGCAGGAGAAGCCUCCUCCUAUAAUUGUGCACAACAAUAUCGCUGUAUUUGUGUGAAGAGAGCUGCUUAG